AUGAACCACCAAGUAGAGCCACCGGAGAAGAAGAAGAGGAAGAGGAAGACGAAGAAUUCAUCACCACCACCUUCACCUCCGUCUUCGUAUCCGUCGUUUUCCUCACUUCCAGACGAAAUCGCCGUGAAUUGCUUAGCCCGGAUCCCGAGGUCGUAUUACCCGACACUCUCAAUCGUUUCCAAAAGCUUCAGGUCAUUUCUCUCUUCCUCCGAGCUAUACGCAGCUCGAUCUCAGCUCGGAAGCACCGAGAAGUGUGUCUAUGUAUGUCUAUUGGAUUACAGUGAUCAACCUCUUCUCCAGUGGUUUAGACUUUGGAUAAACCCUAAUCGAAGCCUACCAAACUCCAUGAUUAAAAAGAAGAAGAAGAAAAAGGCAAUCGGACAGCUGUUGGUUCCGAUUCCGUCUUCUAAUCUUACUGAUCUGUCAACUGUCAAACCGGUAGCUGUUGGUUCAGAACUUUAUGUAAUCGGCGGACCACUCAACCGAGCAGCGUCCUCCGCCGUGUGGGUCCUCGAUUGUCGCAGUCACACUUGGCGUGAAGCCCCCAGCAUGAGUGUAGCCCGGAAAAAUGCUUUGAAUUGUGUCUACGAUAGGAAAAUCUAUGUUUUUGGAGGAGCGGAGGAGGAGGACGAUUCAUGGGGUGAGGUAUUCGACACCAAGACUCAGACUUGGGAACGCCUCCCUGAUCCGGGUAAUGAGGUACGCAAGUGUAGAGUUUGGAAAAUCAGAGAGAUGGAAGGAAAGAUUUACUAUAAUUUAGCUAGCACAAACUACAAUAUGUAUGCUUACGACACAAAGCAAUGUAAAUGGGAAUGCGAAUGCGAUGAAGACUUGAUUGCAAAGGUUUCCAAGCUUCCGAGUUCAGAAUAUGUGAGGUCCUCUAGUUUCAGGCACUUGGGGUGUAGUGUGUAUGAUGUUGAGGAUGGUCGCUGGAAAGUAGUGAAUGGGUUAGAGUCACUGGAAGAUAAGUUCAAGAGGAAUGGUGGCUCAAGUGGUCAUAUCGCCAAAGUAGUUAGAUGUGGUUGGAAACUCUUUUUCAUUUGGGAAGGCGUUACGAGGAGAAAUUCCUAUAAUAGGAAGAAGAUUUGGUGCGCAGAAAUAGAGCUCCAAAAGUGUUAUGGGGGUGAGUUGUGGGGAAACGUUGAGUGUAUUGAUCAUGUGCUUACCGUGCCCACGAAAUGUCAGAUCUUGCACUGUCACUCUGUCUCGGUUUGA